UCCAGACAUGAUUUCAAACGAUGACUGCAGCACUGAUGGAAAAUCAUCACACACAGGAAACAGUGUCAGAGUUGGGUCCAGAAGUCUUCCACUGCAUCAACUGGUUAUCGGCUGUUUAGGACUGCUGAACACUAUUCUGAUGUUAACUGCUGUUGUUAUUGGGAUUUACUGUGGCACAGUCCGUGAGGAAGCCUCUCCACAACAAAUAACAGCACAAGCACUCUUUGCAGAGGUGAAGCAACUUCAGAUAAUGCAGACUGAAGUGACUAAAGCUCAAGAAGAGGCCCAGCAAGCGUUAGAGAAAGAGCUCAGGAGCCAUCACCAACUAAAACUGCAGUUGGAGAAGAACAAAACUGUCAGUGACAGCUUUCAACAGCAGCUUGAAAAACUACAUGUGGAGAAAGCAACACUGAAGUCGAGCACAUCUGAUAUUCGGGAAAGUUGCGGGCGAUGCCAGUCGGGGUGGCUUUUAUUUAACACUUCAUGCUACUUCCAUUCUAUAGCAGCAUCUAAUCCCUUAAAGAACUGGCAUGACAGCAGGGCGGACUGCAUCAGGCGUGGGGCCGAUCUGGCUGUGAUUGAUAGCUUGGAGGAGCAGAUAAAUCUUUUCGAGUACCUACCUAAACUGGAUAAAAGCAUUCGACCAUGGUGGAGUAAGCCAGGGGGCAUUUGGUUUGGCCUUUCGGAUAUUCAUACAGAGCGCACUUGGGUGUGGAUAAAUAAUGUGACUCUACACGAUGGAGGGUACUGGAUACAAGGGGAGCCCAACAACUACGGACAAGCAGGUGAAGACUGUGCAGCAAUUAUGAACAUUAACAACCCAAGGGAAACAUGGUUUGAUGCAAACUGCCAAGGUAAAAAACAAUGGUUGUGUGAAAUGGCCCCCAACUAGCUGUGGAGAGCAUGGUGAUCCCAAUCCAGGCUGAGUUUUUAAUCUACUCAAAUAAGCUGCCUCCAUACUGUCAAACAAGCUUGUAUGUCAACAUGUGAGAAGACCCAGUUAUUUUCAAUAUCAGGAUUAACUGUAAGCAAACAUGUUCCCAACAGAUCCUGCAGCUCAUCUCUCUGGUAUAGUUUCAGAGACCUCAUCAAUGACAUUACUAAUCUUACAGUUAUGCAUGGUUUAGUAGUGAUGCUCUCGACUAACAUAUCAGUGCCUUCAAAUUUAUUUUCAGUUGUCAUAACUUUUUGCUUUGCUGAAGCUCUUUUAAAGUUGUUUUGCUUUUAGUAAUGAUGGAAAAAAGCACUGAGAUCUUUUACUCAAGUAUAAAAACACUCUAUUAAAAGUAAAAAUCAUGUGUUCAAAAUGUUACUCAAGCAAAGGUAAAGAAGUAACAGCAUUAAAAUGUAGAUAAAAUAUAAAAGUGUAAAAGUACUCAUUAUGCAGAAUAACCCUACUCAGAGUGAUAUGUACAUUAAAUCUGAUUUGUUUAUGUAAGCAGCAUUUUAAUGUGACUGUAGGGCUACUUGUUACUGCUGAAUAUACUGCUUUUAGUUUGAUUUAUAAGAAUGCAUCAUACUUUUUAAACUAAUCAAAUGUUUUAGCUGUUAGAUCUAAUUUAAAUUGUAACUAACACUGCCAGAUUAAUGUAGAGCAUUAAAAAGUACACUAUGUCCCUCCUGUAGUGUUGCCAACAAGUCAAAACUUGUGAAAUUGAAAUUGGUGCAAUACCAGCAAACCUAAUGUCAUUCCCAUCAGCCUCAGCUAAACUUUGAAUUUUGUACUAAUAGGUAUAUGCUGCAUGUUUACAUACUAAACUUGGUUGUAAAUUGUUAAUAUUACACCUGUUACACAGCUCCAUGUUAGCACUGUAACUGCAUGCAAGUUUGUAUGCCGAUGUUAGCAUGUAGCUCAAAGCACGAAGCUGCAAGCGUCACUGUAGACUCUUAUUAUGACGUA